AUGUCCUGCCCUGAGAAGUGCCAGCAGUGCCAGCCCUGCAACCCUUGCUGCCAGCCCUGCGGCCCCUGCCCGCUGGCCAACAGCUGCAAUGAGUGCUGUGUCAGGCAGUGCCAGAGCUCCACCGUCGUCAUUGAGCCGCCCGCUGUGCUGGUGACCCUGCCUGGCCCCAUCCUCAGCUCCUUCCCACAGAACACCGUGGUGGGAUCCUCCACCUCCGCGGCCGUUGGCAGCAUCCUCAGCUGUGACGGAGUGCCCAUCAGCUCCGGGGGCUUUGACAUCUCCUGCAUCACCCGUGGUUAUGGUGAAAGAUGUUGUCGUCCCUGCUAA